AUGACGACUACAAACAUUUCGCAUCGAAUUUUGUCCCCUGUGAACUAUGGUGAAGCCCGUAAGCCUCCUGUAGUCAGUCCAUCGAAGAGAAUUCGGAAAAGUCGCAUCGUUUUCGACUUUUCCACGGAGGAGAUGGCCAAGUAUUUUCAUAUGUCACAACGUGAGGCUGCACAACAACUUGGUGUUGCUACAGUUACUAUCAAGCGCAAUUGCCGACGUCUUGGCAUCGUCUGGCCCUAUCGACUUAUGAAGUCAAAGAAACAUGCCAUUAACUCGUCGGCUAUUUCCUGUGAGGAUGCACAGCGUAUCCGUCAAGAGCGUGCGCUGACACGUGCUAAAGCUGGUCGUUCAGUCCCAAGAAAGAAUUGUAAACGGUUUUCUGAUUCUUUAGACGAAGACGAUGCAAAGAUCAUGACGGUGGACAGCCAUAAAAGUCAAGGCAGAAUUAAGCUAACAGAUGCAGGUCGAGCAUUUGCUCGACUGCCGUUGGAUUGCGAAGGCACGUUUCUAUAA